CGACACGCGACUCUCCUCAAACGCCCGAAACGACCCUACCAAUUCACCCAACUCAUAACACUCUCCGACGGCAGCACGCUUACACAUCGCACAAGCUCGCCUGCGCCGAUAUACAAGAGCACAAAAGAUACAAAAAACCAUGCAAUGUGGAAUCCGAGUUCGCAGAAAUUGUUGAAUGUAGAGGAAGAUGAGGCUGGAAGACUGAGGAAGUUCAGAGCGAAGUUUGGGAGAGGAUAUGAUGCUGAGACUAUGAGUGGCGAGGAGGAGGUGCAACAAUACCGUAAAUGGGAUGCUUUAAGUCCGCAUGAAGAGGAGGAGAGUGUCUUGGAUCUGAUUUCGACGUUCGGACAGAAGGCGGAGAAGAAAGCGAAGGCGAAG